UGCCUGCCUUCCUCUGAGGACGCAGCCAUGUUCUGCGCCCAGCAGCACCUUCAGCCCACCCCUCUGCCCCCUCCGCUGCCCCCUCCUCAGGUACAGGUGUGCCCCCCGCGGCCUCCCCCUCCGCCCCAGCCCCCGCAGCCGCCCCGCUGCCGCCCUCCGCCCCUGCCCCGGGUCUGCCCGCAGGAGCCUUUGCCCCCGCUCCCGCUCCCUCUCCAGCAGCACCACCCUCAGCACCAGCAGCAGAGCCAGGAGGGGUCCGGGGGGAGCCUGGUCUACCGGCGCGUGCGGACUUACAGCAGCCCCGGCGGCGGGGGGCGCAUCCCGCACCAGCUCCUGGAGGCGCCCAACGGGGGAGGGCCCCCCUCGCCCUACGAGACCACCCCCGGGUACCAGCACGUCAUCUGGAGCACCGAGCCCCCCACCCCCGCACAGGAAGUUGGAUCUCCAUCCAUGAAAUUGGCUCCUUAUUCCCAGGGCACUGUCCGGAGGAUUAUAUAUGAGAAUCCUGAACAGGAACCGAUCUCUCCACUCCUGAGAGGAGGAAAUAAUGUCAUCUAUGAAAAAACAAUAAGAAAAUAUGAGCUGCUUAAUCCAGACCAUGAGAAGCAAUACCAAUAUGCUCUCCAGCAUGCACAGUCGGACCAGACCCACAUCUGUCAACCGGUGGAGCAUGUUCAAGUGGUGCAGCAGCCCCAGACAAACAAUUGCUAUGACAUAGGUCCAGUCAUUGUCAACGAUGCUGGAAGAGGAAUUGUGAAGACAGUCACCAUCAAAAAUUGUGAACCAGAGCAAAAUGACCAGUUGGACUCCCGAUACUAUGGAGAGCUGCUUGCAGAGCUGCACCACAGGAGCAAUGAACUGCACAAUUGUUUGCUCCAACAUGUGGAAAAGCUAGGCGGAAGGCAAUAUGAAAUUGAAUCUCUCAGUCAGACAGAGGAUAUUGAGAGUCUGAUUCCAAAAGGGGUUUCAGAAUCAACAAAACAGCAAAUCCGUUACCUGCUGGAGAUGAGAGUAACAGCUGAUAAGUCGCUAAGACUUGUGCUUGCUACAUUCAACGGUCUCAGAGAGGAACUUGUCCAUCUUCAGGAUGAUUUAGGAAAACUAGAAAUGGACAAGGCAUUGCUUGAGAAAGACCUGUCUUUUAAAGAAUGCCAAGUAAAAGAAUAUGAAAAGCUUUUGGCAUCCGUGCGAGAGAAUAAUCGCCAACAACAGCAAGCCCUCCGAGAAUAUACUCUGAAAUGCCGUUCCCUAGAAGAGCAGCUUCUGUCUAUCCGGCACAAUGACGGUGAGCGGGAAUUCCGGCUGAAGGACCUCGAGUACAGCAAGCGGGCGUUGGAGCAAGAAAUCCAGAAUCUGAGACUCCAUGCCUCUUCUAAUUCUUUGGGUCAGACCACCACUGAUGAACUCUCCAGCCGCUAUGUGGAGAUGAUCAACCAACUCAGAGAGGAUAAAGACAGAGAGAUUCGUAAUCUGAGGUCCCAGUUAAGCGAUUUCCACAGGGAUUUUUCAAGGAAGCAAGGGACUGAUGUUGAUCUUCAGAUGAGAAUGCAAGAAUUGACCUUAAGGAUGGAAGAAAGGGAGGCUUACAUUAAGCAGCAAGAAGAGGAACUCUUCAAGUUGAAACAAGAAAAACUAGCGAUUAAUCCAUCCCAAGGAGUCACAAAGACAAUCAUCACCAAAAAGUACAGGAAUCAAUAUCCCAUUCUUGGCCUCUUGUCUGAUGACUACAAAGUGACGUCACCCGUCAAGGAAUCACAGACAAUUGUGAUUGAAAAAACUGGAGAAAUGUGGAAGCAGGAAUCCUUUACUUCCGAUUAAAGAACUACUUACUUCUUUCAGGAAUGAACGCGUCCCCCCUGACAAGUCACGUCUGAUCAGCGGAGUUCGCAUACAAAUGAAUGUUACGUUAUUUUUCUCUCUGCUUGUUUCCCUCCUUCACGUUGGUUCUUCAGGUCUGAAACUCAAGAACAGCCAUGCUUGGGGAAAGAAGAAGUACCGCUUAUCUCAGGGCUAAAUGUCUAAGAAACUAUUAUUGAAUUGAUUUUGCUAGUGGUGACUCUUAGAAGGUAGGCUAGUAUUCUUUGAUACUGUCCUUUCGUUUUCUUAUUCAAGCUUCUAUAUUAAAAAUGUAUCCACUUGUGCCCAAAACCCCAAAAUAAGAUAAUUUGGAAAAAGCCACCAUUCCUGAAAUUUGUCAUAUGCUUACUUAGGUGAACUCCUAUUGGAUCCUGUGAGAUUUACUUCUGGAUCACCUUUAGUUAAGUUGUAUUUACGUGUGUUAUUUUUUUUAUAUACUGAGUUUCGGUGAAGUAAAAACAGCUGGAUCUUUCUGUUAAAUAUUUAGGCUUCAAAGUGCUCCAAAAUGUACACAGUGUUUGUCUUUCAGUGUGGUGGGUUUCUUUUUUACGUGAGCAAACUCAUUAAAGUAGGGAAAAGCAUAUGUGGACUUUACUCUUAUUAUUUGAAAGCCAAUUCAUUGAUUGGCCCUUUUGUGGGUUUUUAAAGCUGGCACCAUAGACUCGCCCUUUCUGACUUUAGAUAAAAGGCAAUCUUAAGAGGAAAUGUUUUGGUCAUACCAAAUGGAUGUAAAUUUUCACAGGUCUAGACUAUGACAGCUUUUUGCUGUUCCUAUGGCCUACUAUAGGGGCCUUCUGAUCGCGCAGUGGGUUAAACCGCUGAGCUGCUGAACUUGCUGACCAAAAGGUUGGCGGUUUGAAUCCGGGGAGUGGGGUGAGCUCCCACUGUCAGUCCCAGCUUCUGCCAACCUAGCAGUUCAAAAACAUGCAAAUGUGAGUAGAUCAAUAGUUACUGCUUCUGCAGGAAGGUAAUGGCACUCCAUGCAGUCAUGCCGACCACAUGACCUUGGAGGUGUCUACGAACAACACCGGCUCUUUGGCUUAGAAAUGGAGAUGAGCACCAACCCCCAGAGCUGGACACAAUUAGCAAGGGAAAUCUUUACCUUUAUGGUGGAAUACCAUUAUACAUUCCAUAGGUCUAGAUGUAAAUGGGAUAAUUGUUCAAAAUAGAUCAAGUUGAUCCAUUUGAAAUUCAUUGAACAUUUUCAAAUUUGUCAGAAUCAAACAGUGAAGUUUGCCCCUCUCCUUUUGCUUCCUUUGCUGAAAUCUUAGAAAUCAAAGUUAAGAAGUAGAGUCAUAGGACAAAGUCAAUUUUAAACUGAUGAAACAAACAGAGACUGGAGAAGUCUACUUGGCUGCUCUUGGGCUAGUUCUCAAACAUUUCACCACUGGAAAUUUUUCAGGUAAAAGUUCAGCAAAGGUUCUUCUAGAGCUACGCAAAAUUACGUUACUUGCGCUUUUGUAAGGAAGUGCUCCUUUUCUCUCAGCCUGAUGAAUGGUGGCCAUUUGGUGUCAAAACACGCAGUCUGUAUUUGCAAUGAUAAAGUUGAAGGGCUAAUGUGAUUAUACCUUUGUUAAAGAAAAUAAAAUAUAUUUGUAAGCUUGGA